AUGCGCGCGCUGCCUUCGUCGACAAGGAUCGCGGGUACCGCCGCCGUGUGGUACGUCGACCGCGCCAGUGGCGACCCGACAAGGACGGCGCGAAACAGGUUUUCAGCCGCCGCCGCAGUCCGAGAGUCGGGCGCGCGAGCUGCUAUUAUAGCUCCUCGGUGCGCAGCGGCCGCGUGUACCGGGCGGCGCGCGGCGGAUGCCGGCCGAGAGCGUCGGAACAAUUCUGAGUCGGCCGGCGCGCAUGCGUGCGGCACGGUGCGUGCGCGACGCGCGACGGACGAGCCGACCGAGCGCCUCACUUGGCUUUCGCCCGCGCGUACGUGA